AUGAAAAUAGUUAAACGAUGGUCUCGUCAAAUACUCAAAGGACUGAUAUACCUUCAUUCACAUAAUCCACCCAUUAUUCACCGCGACAUCAAGUGUGAUAACAUCUUCAUCAAUGGCGCACACGGUGAAGUAAAAAUUGGUGACAUGGGAACCGCCAAGAUGAAGUUGGGAAAAAAGUAUACCGUCAUCGGAACUCCCGAGUUCAUGGCACCUGAAAUGUACGAAGAAAAAGGUUAUAACGAAAAAGUCGAUAUCUAUGCGUUUGGCAUGUGUCUUCUAGAAAUGGUUACUGGCGAAUACCCUUACGGAGAAUGUAAGAAUGCAGCACAGAUUUAUAAAAAAGUUUCUCAGGGUAUAAAACCGGAAAGCUUAAAAAGAGUACAAGACUCCGAAGUUCUCGAUUUGAUAAACAAUUGUUUAACUCCGGAAAAUGAGAGAUUCACUGCACAACAAAUAAUGGACCAUCCUUUCCUUACUGUCGAACCAGAAGUGGUGUUAAUUAAGGCAGAUGAUAAAAAAACUCAAUUAACAUUACAAGUCGUCUUUAAAGGAAUGGAUAAGCUAUCGGUGAAAUUUGAGUUCAACGUGGAAAGAGACACAGCAGAAGAAGUUGUUAACGAAAUGAUAGAGGAACAGGUUCUUCCAGAGAAGUACCAACAAUUGAUUACUCAUGAAAUAAAUCGUAUUUUACGGGAUAUCAAUAAGCAAUCAAAUGAAGACGAUCCAAAUAAAGAAGAACAUAAAACACCAUGGCCAAGUCAAGCUGGUACGGCGACAUUUCACGGUGGAAUGUCACCACAUUUGACUCCUCAUAAGUCCUCUCAUGGUCCGUCUCCUACGCCAAUUAAUUUAGAAAUCGAUAGUCCUAAUGGAACUAUUACACAAUCAUAUCCUGUACAGCCAACUAUAAUGCCAACGGAGUCUCCACGAAAAAAUUCAAUUUCUGUCGCACCACCGCAUGAAUGGUCCGAUUAUGAAGAUACAAUUCCAGCUAAAGAAUAUCCGGAUGGUACUCCAAUUAAUCAAUUUGUUAAUGACACUGCCACUGCAAUCAACCGAAACGCGGAUAAGGCAAAUGAUUGGUCGGAGAAGUUAAAAAGUCAGGACGUUCUGUCUGUUGGCGAUUUACGUGCACUAACAGACCAAGAUUGGACACAAAUUGGAUUAACAGUCUUUGCGAUACGUGCUCUUAAGAAUGCCUUACAUGGUAAGACAUUACGCAGCCCACAUAUUGUUCCUAGGACAAAUAGUGCAGCCAGCACAAGUACAAGUGGUGGAGAGGAAAACCCACAGGAAUGA